CUUUUGAAAGAAUCAGUAAUUUAACAACAUGGAUAACUGAUGAGUACAAAACAACAUGAUUAACUUAUGAUUACAAAAUUACACUCUAGGAAUGGUUUAUUAGUGUCCCUAAAGGGGCCAUCAAAUGGUUUCUUUCAUCCUAAACUGCACAUUUCAUUUUCAUAUAUACUUUCAAUUUUCAUAGGCACUAAUUUUAAAAUGUCAUAUUAUCAUAAAUAUAGUCACUUAAGAAUUCCAUUUGCAAAAUUUGCAUCCUCUUCGUCUUGACAUAUACGGGUCACCUAUAUCCCUGCGAUCAUGAUAUCCUGUUUAUGUAGCUCAUCAUGAGUCAUGUUCUCACAACAUUGGCUUCUGGGUACAAGGCUGCUUCAUUCCACUCUGGCUUCACAACACAUGGACGAGUAAUGGUUCUAAUUAACUUGUUCGGUAUCUCAGUAUUUUCUGUAUUAUAACUCUUUACAUAUCAAGUUUUUAAUUAUGUGACCAAUGAUUUUUCAUUUUUUUUCUUGCUGAAAGAAUGUGCUUUCCAAACUGGAGCCCUAUUCUUAGUUCCAGUUUCAUAACAAGUCUUGCCAUAAUUAUAUUCAAGGCAAGAACAAUAGAGCUGUCACUUCUGUCGUUGUCACUUCCACCAGAAUAUGAAACAUUCAAAUAUAUUUUAAAAAUCAUUUGGAUACCUGCCUCUAUAAGAGCCCUAAUUUGGUGGUGACAGCUUUAGGUGCCACCAUACACUUUCAAAGUGAGAUUCGUAAUCAGGCUUGGCACAUGAAGACACCUGCUCACUUGUUCUUUGGGGGCCCUCUGCCUUUCUGCAUGAUCUGCCUCAUGAUGGAUGAUAUCUAUGCAAGCUUGUACAAAUUGAAAGUUUGUGGUGCAUUUAGUACCAUGUUUACCAUGUUUAUAGCUUUUAUUAUAGUCAUCAUAGUAACUGUGUCGGCUGGAAUGGUUUGUACAUACUAUCAGCUAUCCAAGCAAGAUCACCAAUGGUGGUGGAGAUCUGUGUUUCGUGGGGGAUCAAUUGCCAUUUUCAUGUUUGCAUAUGGCCUCUAUUUCUAUGCUAGAGCAAAAGCCAGAAUUGCUCUGAGCCUGCUAGAGUUUCUGUGCUACAAUGCUUGCCUAUUCUACGCUGUCUUCUUGAUACUUGGAACCAUUGGCUUCUAUGCUUCAUCAGUUAUUUUCCAAUGCGUGGACCUACAACUAAAGAGGCGCAACUAGAAAACUCAAUUAUUUCCUAUGUUGACCCAAAGAGAGAUAGCAUCAUUUUGGUUGUUUUCUUUACUGAUAGGCUUGAGGAAGCCUUAGUAAUCAUUUUUCAAGAUUUUUCAUUUUUGGUAGAAGAACUGAACGCCAUGGAUUCAAAAUCCGUGACCAAUCAUGUUGCCAAUGACGGAGCCACAUUGAGACCAAAGCCCCUCCCCCCCCAAAAAACUUUUCAGAGUUUCGUGAUUUAGUCUACACUGCUGCCGUUCCGGGAUUUACAAUGUAAAAACUAACAAAGCUUCCAUGUGAAUGUGUGAAUAAUA